AUGAAGUUGAUCCGUAUCAAUGAUUAACCAUUUGAGAAAAUGAAUCCAAUAUUAAGAAUAUGUAACAAGAUUAAAGUUUAUGCAAUAAAAGCUUCUAUUCACAACAGAUAGCUUCAUGAAAAAGGAAUGAUACUGAAUGAAUAAUGAAUUCAUAAACAUAUACAUCUAGUCUUAUGACGAUUUCAAAUAACAUUCCCAGUAGAUAAUGACUUUCACUUAUGAUAUGAAUAUUUAUUAGAUUAACUAUGUUUUUGGAAACUGUAUUAACUGAAUUGGUCAACAACAAGUAUCAUAUUUUUCAAAGAUGUAUGAAAAAAGUCAUUUCUCAAAAACAGUACUAUUAAUGUGAAUCACAUACUUAAUGAUAAUAUUUUUAGCGGUAAAUAAAUCUUCAAAAUCAGUAGCUCUUUUUAAUGAACUUACCUAGCUUAAGGCGCUCGAUCACUUAUCUGCACCAGAUCACGAGUGGGAACUCCGUGUUUAACUUCUCUAGCAAUCGCUAGCAAGUUUCGAUCAGUUACUUGUCAAUAUAUUGAUAACCUAUCAAAUAUAUCUUCGAACCUCUUCACUUGUGACUUUUGAUUUCACUGGGUCAGCGCAAUUCAAUUAUAGAAGAUGUUUCUGGUUAAAAUGUUGUCAAACUCUAAAUACCCGAAGCACCUUCAUAUUCAUCAGUAAACACCUACAAACAUUAAAUUCGGUCGCUUUUUUAUUCACAUUUCAACCUCUUUGAACAAAUAAAGAUUAUAAUACACGUUUUGUGAAAUUUCAAUAAGAUACAGAAACGUACACUUUGUAAAUAAUAACAGGUGAUCGCUGGUAUUGUGAUAUUUUAAACAAUUUAUCUAUCUAUAUCUAUAUAGCUAUAUAGAUAUAGAUAGUACUUUUAUUUAUGCUUCUAAUAUAUAAACACAGAAAUGAGGACAAAUAGUUAUCAUUUAAAUGAAACACUAUUCUAUUAUUCUGUCAAAUAAUGAAUAAUGAAUCAGGUUAUUAGUAAUAAUCCUUUAUUCUAUACAAUAUAGAUAUAAAUAUAAAUAAAUAUUAGAAUGUACAAUCGAAGAAAGUGUCUAGAUAAACAAUUUAUUACAACAAAAUAUGAUAUUCAAUAUACUUCAACUAAAUUAGUAUUAUACAAUUGGAUGAAUACAAAAACAAAUCAUUUAAGAGAUUUUGGUAUGACCGCAGCACAGAUAAAUAAGUCAAAUAAACUAAAAGGAAGAAAAUAUUCAACAACUCGUUUUAAGAAACACAGUGGCGAAAGAAAUGCAAUUCGAAAUCAAUUUAAUACAAAUAAGGUCUUGAGUAAAACUAUUCGACAACAGAAGGAUGUUCCGAUAGAUCGAUUAGUUGAAACAAAAAUAUGUAAUAAACAGAACAUGGGGAAACCUAUUAAAGGUUCUUCAACGUUUAAUUCUUGUCAUAUGAACCACAACAGGCAUGUGUAUUGUUUCAAUUCACCGUUUGAAACACUUGAGAAGAACAAACAUGUGAAAGAUGUCAAUAAUGCAAAUCAAUCUUGUCUAUUAAAACGUUAUGAAAUGCGAAAAAAUGAAUGUUCAUUUAAAAGGCUGAAAAAUCUCUGGAAACAACAAUUUGAUCAAUUCAUUCUGCCUGUUCUAACAAGACGUAAUAUCGAUACAAAUGGAACUAAAUAUACUGGAAAAUCUACUACCACCACGCAGAAAAAAGAAACCUAUGAAAUGUCGCCUCAUGUAACGCAAAUUUUAAACAAUCAAUCUGGAGAGAUUAGUCAACAUUUAAGCUCUUCCAAAUCACACAGCUCCUUAUGCUCUUCGAAAUGUGAAGUUAGAAGCUAUCAAGAUUAUGGUGAAAACUUCCUGAAAAAUUUUGAAGAUAAGUAUACAUUUAGUGGUUCAUCAAAUUUAACUGGAUUAACGAUUUAUCUAUAUUGUUCAACAUGUAGUCAGAUUUUCACAUGCAGAAACAUUGAUGAUUUAAAACAACUGAAUUUGAUUGAAUCUGACUCAUUUUCAUCUACUUACUACUUAACCUUUGAAGACGAAGAUAUCGAAAAUGAGUUUGCGUCCGAAGAAUCAUUUCUGUCAUCCUGGGAAUAUAUGAACCCAUCAUAUGAAUGGAUUAAAUCUUCUCGUCCUGUUUCUGCACCACCAAUAUUGACUUCUUUAUCAAGAAAAUCAGCACAACAGUUAAAACAAUAAAAUAAUUCUAACCAAUGACUUUCAAUUCCAGUUCACAUUCCGCCAACUUAUGAAAUGUUUCUGUUUUAAACUUCAGUUUCACGCAAACCAAUUUAGUUUUUACUUUUUAUAGUCCAUUAUCCAUUAUAUAAAGAAUAAAUUAUGCAUACAGAAUGAACUAAAACAUAUAAUGUUAUUUUGAGUAAUGUAGACGCAAAACUGUAUAAGUCACAAUUCUAUCAAUCAUUAUAUUAACAAGAAUAACUCUAGCAUGCUAUAAAAAACGAGACAUUUUAUUCUUUUUGAUAUUAUUUUAAAAAUUUCAUUUCAUAUGAAGUUUGUUUUACAUUAGCACCAAUCAAUUAUAAUGUGAGUCUACAUGACUUGAAUGGCUACAAACAGUAUGUUAUAAUUCAAAGAUGGGUUUUGUGAUAACAUUUAAAUAGGUUGGACAAAAGUGAACCCGGUUUAGCUGUCUUUUGUGAACCAGGAUAUUUCAAGCAAAAUUAUAUCUGAAGAAAUAUAAUCAUUAUAACUACCGUUGUAGUGAACAGAACACUGGUU